AAAGAUCACCACUGCGCAGCCUCAGUUUGUGGACACAGAUCUGCUGGCUUUCUGUCUCCAUAAAUCCAGAACCAACAUGUGUGGAUCUUUUUAAUCAACAUGUUUUCUCCUUCCGCUUCCUUUGUGAAGUCUGUGGUUUAUAGCGGACGCAGACUGAUCCAGAGAAGAUGCUUUUCUUCACACAGAAACGGUAAAAUGCCGUGCUCAGAAGUGACCGACGUGACCGUAGUGUCUCCUGUGAAGAAGAGCAGGACUGAGGAAAUAAAUGAAAAGCGCGGUAACAUUGUGCUAAAGUUCGCUAAACUGUCCGAACACGCCACAGCACCGACCAGAGGUUCUGCUAAAGCGGCCGGAUACGACCUGUACAGUGCAUAUGAUUACUCCAUUCCUCCGAUGGACAAGGCCAUAGUGAAGACUGACCUCCAGAUCGCCGUUCCUGCAGGAUGUUACGGCCGAGUGGCUCCUCGCUCUGGUCUGGCGGCGAAGCACUUUAUUGAUGUUGGAGCCGGUGUGGUGGAUGAAGACUACAGAGGAAACCUUGGCGUUGUGCUGUUCAACUUCGGCAAGGAGACGUUUGAAGUGAAAAAAGGAGACCGAGUGGCUCAGCUAGUGUGUGAGCGAAUCUGCUAUCCUGACCUACAGGAACUUAAGACGCUGGACGAGACGGAGAGGGGUGCUGGGGGAUUCGGCUCAACGGGGAGGAGCUGAAACUGCUGCUGCUGUACUUAAAUUAAGUUGUGUGGUUUUGUUUAUAGAAACAACUGUUACUGAUGUGCCUGGUGGGAUGUAAAUGAGUUUAGUGCAGAUGUCCUGCGAGGCAAUACUGUUCAGCCACCAGUUGGUGCUAUUACUGGCUGUUCAGUUUUUUUUGUGUGGUGUUUUUUUUUCUUUGUUUGUUAAUUUUUUUUUUAUUUUUAUUUUUAACUUGAUUAAAUCUUUUUAAAAAAAGAAGAAAAUAUUAAAUCUGAGGGAUGACUUGC